AUAAGUGAAGAAAGCAUGAUACGCAGAUAAUUACAGAGGCAGUGCCGCAGAUGGCGAUAAUGUAGGCAUACAGCUUCGCUUGUCUGUGGGCAUUGGUGUAUGCUCCCGAGAUAGUUUCUCACCAUCUCUAGCUGUGUCCCCAGCGCUUUCUGACCUUGGGGCAGAUUGGAGGUGUGCAUCGAAGGUCGAUUCAGGUUGAUGCAGGUUGAUGCAGGUUGCCCCUCCGUGCUGCUCGGUCGGCCUGCUCUAUCAUUCUCUGGUGCUCCACUGCGUGGAGCAGAGCUGUCCCUGCUCUCAGAGCAGUAAACAGGCACUCCCACCCAUGCAGCUGCUGGGUGGUCAUCAUAUCCUCAUACCCUCCCCUGCUCUGCUGCUUCGUUUCGUGACGUAAGGCGCCACGCUCUCGCAGCUUUGCGCGUCAGUCAACUUCCGCAAAUAAUUCUCUGCUACCCAUUUCACUCGUUGUCUGGAACACUUAUUCCCAUCGCGCUCUCUCCCUCUCUCUGCUUCUUGUCUGCCCCCCCCAGUCCUCUCGAGUUUGCCCUAGUUCUCACUGUAGUGACGGUAACCUUACUGUUUUUCCUCCCUGUUCAUGUGAAAGUGGCUUCUAAACGGGAAAGGUCCACGCGGCGUGGAUUUUUAUUUUCCCCUUGGUUCUGAUCGCGGGCUCUGAUGGGUAGGUUUGGCUGAACAACGAAGCGUGCGUCGAGGUGUGUUUGAGGGGUGGUAGCUAGGUGACUCAAGACGGAACUGCCGGAGGUGAUGUUGCUAUCGUGGCUGUGAUUUCAUUCCGUUCGUGCACGAGGAUGCAGACCGUGAGUCGGAUUUGGAGUCUAAUUGAAUCUAGAAGGUUGUUGGUAGAUUUGAAGCUGUGGCAGAUAAACCAAAUUCAGGACUUCUUAUGCGCCUCUGAGCGUGUACAGCUGUUCGGCGCAGAAUUACAACUGAGGCGAAAGGCUUAUCGUGUUUAUGCAGGUUUCAUAGGUCAUAAGAAACGUCAAGGUGCAUAAACACCAUGUUCGGCAGAUCUAGAAUCCACUUUCACCUGUUCGAACUCAGAGACAUCUAGGUUGUAAAGUGCAUGUGCCUUCGGGGGCUAGUGUUAGGUUCUACGAGGUGAUCGCCCUAGAUGUGAUCGGUCGGAAGAUAAUUAGGAUUGACGAAAGGGUUCAACUGAAUUGUUCAGUGCACUCGCCUUCCGCGAGUUUAGGAAUUACCAAAGAUGUAUUCGUUGCUCUCUCGGAAGUAUUCAAAACAGCACCACAUGAGAAAGCCAAGAUGCAAAUUCAUGCACGUGUGCUGUUCCGUGACUGUUCUCCUCAUUUUGAUAACAGUGAUGUGUCGGCCAAUGCCCUCUGCUCCUUCCACUCCCGAAUCAAUUGCCUCGAUGGCCGUCGGUGAAUCUUUACAGCUGAAUACGCAAUCCAUUCCAGCGGUUGAGGUAGCCCAGGAAACGAAAACAGAAGCGGAUCAAUCUAAGCUUCUGGAAAAUGAGAUGAAGGAACAAGUGCAAGGGGAUUCAGAAGCUACUCGUUCGGAACGACGGGAAGUGGAACAGGAAGAAGGAGCGCUUCGAUCUGGGCAGGAGGAUGAGGAGCAGGAUCAGCAUGCGGAAGACAAGCAUGAGCAACGGGCGGAAAAUAGGCAUGCUCAGCAGGCUGAAGAUGAGCUUGAGCAACAUCUGGAAGAUGUGCAUGGUCGGCACGCUGAAGUUAAGAACAAGCAACGAGUGGAAGACGAGCAUGAGAAGCAGGUGGAAGACGAGCAUGAGAAGCAGGUGGAAGACGAGCAUGAGAAGCAGGUGGAAGACGAGCAUGAGAAGCAGAUGGAAGACGAGCAUGAGAAGCAGAUGGAAGACGAGCAUGAGAAGCAGGUGGAUGACGAGCAUGAGCAACGGGUGGAAGAUGGGCAAGGUCAACAGGCUGAAGAUGAGCUUGAGCAACAUCUGGAAGAUGUGCAAGAUCAGCACGCUGAAGUUAAGCAUCAGCAACGAGUCGACGACGAGCAUGAACAACAGGUGAAACUGGAUUCUAGAUCUGCCGAACAUAAGCAAGCGGGUUUUCCAGAGGAACAUCAAGAGGGUUCGAAACCUAAAAUUAAAUAUUCCAAGGAACUGGGAGCCGAACAUGGACACGGAAUUUUUCAAUCCAAGCAAUCGGAGCAGGAACAGAAAGUGGAACCUGAACCACAAUUGAAGAAGCACGGAAGGGAGGUUACUAUAUCUUGCGAUGGUCGCCGCGUAUACACAUACGAUUUGCCACCCUCAAUGAACAUAGACAUCCUUAAGAACUGCAGCGGAAAACUUGUUCCUUGGCUCAACUUCUGCGCUCAUCAUCAGAAUUAUGGGUUUGGCAUCGCGGUGAAUACAACCAAUAAUAAUUUCCGUAAGGAUUGGUACGGCACCGAUGCCUACAUGCUGGAGGUGAUCUUCUAUGAGCGAAUGCGGACUUACACCUGUAGGACGUCGAAUCCCGGAGAGGCGGACUUGUUCUUCAUCCCCUUCUUCUCUGGCCUGGAAGCACUGCCUUACCUCUACACAGAUGGCAAGAGACGUCUGCAACAAGGCCGAGAACUUGUGGAAUGGUUAGAGGCGAAUGCUACGCAGACAUGGAGGCGACAUGGAGGCCACGACCAUUUUCUCAUAGCUGGGCGGACAGCUUGGGAUUUCUGUAGACCGUUGACGGCAGUGACUUGGUGGGGCACUUCCUUAUUCAGCAAUCCAGAGAUGGAGAAUACUACAGCCAUGCUGCUGGAGCGGAGGUCAUGGAGGGGCGAUGAGAUGGCCGUCCCAUACCCCGUAGGAUUCCACCCGUCCACGAGCGCUAGUUUGCAAUCGUGGAUCAAAUUGGUUCGAUCCUCGACCCGAAAGUAUCUAUUCUCGUUUUCAGGUGCACUGCGACCGCAGUUGGUCUUUAGCAUACGGGAAAUUUUGUCCCAGCAGUGUACUCAAGCUGGCAGUGCGUGUUCUCGAUUGGAUUGCGGUAAAAUUAAGUGCAGCCACGAACCGCAACCAAUUUACACUAGUUUGUUGCAAGCUAAGUUUUGUUUACAGCCCCGUGGCGACACAGCGACCCGGCGAUCUGUGAUAGAUUCCAUCGUGUCGGGAUGUAUUCCUGUGUUUUUCCAUAAGGACACAGCCUUCACGCAGUAUCGAUGGCAUUUGCCCAAUGACUACGACAAUUUCUCAGUCUUCAUCGACGAGGAGGACAUAAAAAACGGCAAAGCGGACGUGAAGAAAAUCCUGGAAGGGUACUCAGCGAAGCAGGUGGAGCAAAUGCGAGAGCGAUUGAUCGGAAUUAUCCCGAACGUGCUAUACAGGCACCCAAAGAGCAAGGAUCUGUCAGAGUCCAUGCGGGACGCUUUCGAUUUGACCAUAGAGGGGAUGGCGCAAAAAGCGAUACAGUUCAAAUCAUCCACUUGACAUGGUUUGUCUAGGUCUUAGUAAGAAUGUUGUGCGCAACGUUCCGAUGAACAUGUUCUCCCCUUACCAGAGUAGGGAACACAUGCUUGAUUAUUGUGAGGUUUCUCGUAGGAGUAGAGAUAAGGUGAGCAUAAUUGUGAUAACGAUUUUUUAAUAUCUGAUUAAGUGGGAGGUGGUGACAUUCAAUGGUCCCUCCUGAAUUCUUUCUGUCACUGGGCAACAAUAGAGCAUUGGCUGAACAGGGAUGCGCUGCAAUUUAUGUGAUGCACCUUGGAUAGAAGUUGGGUAACAUCCUAAGACACUGGAGCUAACCAAAUAAGUCGUGCAUAGCUUUCUAUGAAAUCUGAUCAGUAUACACAUGAAACCAGUGACAAGUGAUCUCCACAUUUUCCGACAAGGGAAAAUUGUAACCUGUUCAAUGUA